GUGGAUCUGGAAUACAUGUUUGGAAAUGAUAGCAAAACACAAAUUGCACUGCCUCCCCGCAAGCUAACUUUACGUUCCAUUUCACAACAUUAAUAUGACAUUGCGAGUAAGCAUAAUAUACGAGCCGUCACCUUGAUUUAAUUUGACAUACAACAUUGCAGCUGAUAAAAUGUGCCGAUAUAUAUUGAUGGUUGCCCCAAUGACUAUAUGCAGUCGAUGGGUUGUCCUGAUUGUUAGCUUAUGAUAUUAAGCGUACUAGGUUACCAUACGGUUUUACUCUAUUUUCUAGUAGAUUUGUUUGGGAUGGACUGAUUGGGAUAAACAGGCUCAGCUUAUAUCUCUCAUCCCAUUGGACAUUCGUGUAGUUAACUAGUAAGUUAUAUGUAUUUUGCCCAGGUGUAUUCUUUAUUUUUUUUAAUGUUAUGAAGACAGCGCUUUUGGUGACUGAGUAAAUCCAUAUUUAACGUUCAACGUUAGUUGUGCUUUUUUAUUGCUUGGCAGCUAUCUAAUUUAGUAGACUUGCAAUACUCAGCAAUAGUCAGACAAAACCACCUAUUUGGAUAAUUAGCUACGUUAUUUGUAGGGUCAGUUUUGCUUUCAGUUUGGAAUCCCUACAUUGUCCCGUCUGGACUAAAAUCACCGCCCCGACAGACACACCACAUAUUUUGAAAAGUAGCUAACGUUAUUUGUAGGGUCAGUUUCCCUUUCAAUUUUGAAAUCACUGCUUUGACCAGCAAAGUCCUGGUAUUGCAGGGCCAAGAGGGACGCAAAAGUCACAUAUCACUCUUGGCUCGCCAGUGUAAGCAUCAUGUCCGCAUCACUUAUCCCUUGGCAUGCAUUGUCGGGGAAAUUCUCUAAUUCCAUCUAACUUAUAUACUUCAGAAGACCAGAGUUGUUUAUUUAUUUAUUCCAAUUGCAAGAAGGGUUUGUGGGGACUGAGAACCCCAGCAUCAGUUACACACAGAAAGGACAGACAGGCAAACACAGCGUCCUACUCAGCUCUUAGGUAGGGUUUUGUGUGAACAACUUAAGAGCAUUUGAACAUUUACAUUUUCCAUUCCACAAAUUGCGCACCUGACCCACAGGAAUGUUUGCAGAUAUGCCAUCUGUACAUGUUUUGUGUGUGCCCUCUUGUCUCCACAGCCUUUGAUUAUGGCUUCUUGCUGGGCAUAAGGGAGGAUGCCCACAGGGCCCAGGCGCUGAAUGAGUACCUGAGCACCCGCAGUUACCUGGCCGGGUUUAGUCCCUCUCCAGCCGAUGCUGAAGCCUUUGCGCUUCUGGGCAAGCCCCCACACUUAAAGCAUGUUCACGCCCUGCGCUGGUACAGGCAUAUAGAAGCCCUGCAGCAGGGCCCCCAGGCCCCCCCAGAACUCAGCACGAAAGGAAAGAGAGUCCAACCCUCCUGGUCCCCUCCAGAGGGAAGCGAGCCAUCCAAGCUCAAGCUUUAUAACAGCCUCACGCGUAGUAAGGAAGUGUUUGUGCCCCAGAAUGGAAGAAAGGUGUUGUGGUAUUGUUGUGGGCCAACGGUUUAUGAUGCCUCACACAUGGGACAUGCCAGGUCCUACAUAUCUUUUGAUAUCCUGCGAAGAAUACUGAUGAACUAUUUCAAGUAUGACGUGUUCUACUGCAUAAACAUCACAGAUAUAGAUGACAAGAUCAUCAGAAGGGCCAGACAGAACUACCUUCUGGACCAGUACAAAGAGAAGAAACCUGUGGCCUCCCAGAUCCUGAAGGAUGUCCUUACAGCCAGAGAGCCGUUCAAGACAAAGCUGGCUGAAACGACAGAUCCUGACAAGAAGCAGAUGCUGGAGAGGCUUGACUCAGCGGUGGCUGCUGCCCUGGCACCACUGCAGGCGGCAGCGCAGAGUGGAGCCUCUGACACCAGCAUCCAGAGCCAGGCCCAGGUUUUGCUGGAAGAGGCCAAAGAUCUCCUCUCUGACUGGCUGGACUCUCAGUUCGGCAGUCAGGUCACCGAGAACUCAAUCUUCUCCAUUUUGCCAAAAUACUGGGAGGGAGAAUACCACAAGGAUAUGGAUGCCCUGAAUGUUCUUCCACCAGAUGUACUCACGCGGGUCAGUGAAUAUGUGCCAGAGAUUGUAGAGUUUGUGAAGAAGGUAGUGGAAAACGGUUAUGGAUAUGAGUCCAAUGGUUCUGUGUAUUUUGACACGGCAAAGUUUGACACCAGCCCCAAACAUUCCUAUGCCAAACUGGUGCCUGAGGCAGUUGGGGAUCAGAAGGCUCUUCAGGAAGGAGAAGGAGACCUGAGCAUCUCUGCUGAUCGGCUCAGUGAGAAGCGCUUCCCCAAUGACUUUGCACUCUGGAAGGCUUCCAAGCCAGGGGAGCCCUCCUGGGACUCCCCAUGGGGAAAGGGGCGACCAGGCUGGCACAUUGAGUGUUCGGCCAUGGCAGGAUCCAUUGUGGGAGAAUCCAUGGAUAUCCAUGGUGGAGGAUUUGAUCUUCGUUUCCCCCAUCAUGACAAUGAGUUGGCACAAUCUGAGGCCUACUUUGAGAAUGACCACUGGGUUCGCUACUUUUUGCACACUGGCCACCUUACCAUUGCAGGCUGCAAAAUGUCAAAGUCUUUGAAAAACUUCAUCACAAUUAAAGACGCUUUGGCCAAAAACACGGCACGACAGCUUCGCCUGGCCUUCCUCAUGCAUUCCUGGAAAGACACUCUGGACUACUCAAGCAACACUAUGGAGUCAGCCAUUCAAUAUGAGAAGUUCAUGAGUGAGUUCUUCCUGAAUGUUAAGGACAUCCUUAGGCCCCCCACUGACAUCACAGACCAGUUUGAGAAGUGGGAAGCUGCAGAGAUUGAACUCAACAAUAGUCUCUAUGAGCGGAGAGCGGCAGUGCAUGAGGCCCUGUGUGACAACGUCGAUACACGAACAGCUAUGGAGGAGAUGAGGUCUCUGGUCAGCCAGAGCAACACCUAUAUUGCCAGCAGGAAGGGCUCCAGGUUACUGCCCAACCGCAUGCUGCUUCAGAGCAUCGCCGUCUACCUGACUGACAUGCUAAAGACAUUUGGUGCCAUUGAAGGAACUGAGCCCAUUGGUUUCCCUGUUGGAGGAAGUGGCCAGAGUGUUGAUUUGGAAAGCACUGUGAUGCCAUAUCUCAAAGUCCUGUCAGACUUCAGGGAAGGAGUUAGGAAAAUUGCACGGGAAAAGAAAGUGACUGAGGUCCUACAGUUGUGUGAUGUGGUGCGAGAUGACACUCUACCUGAACUCGGCGUCCGCCUGGAGGACCAUGAAGGACUUCCCACAGUUGUCAAGAUGGUUGAUCGGGAAACCCUGAUGAAGGAGAAGGAGGAGAAGAAGAGGUUGGAGGAGGAAAAGAGGAAGAAAAAAGAGGAGGCAGCUAAAAAGAAAGAGGAACAAGAGAUGGCUAAACUGGCCAAGAUGAAGAUUCCCCCCAGCGAGAUGUUCCGCUCUGAAAUGGACAAAUACUCUGCGUUUGAUGAAACAGGUUUCCCCACACAUGAUGCAGAAGGCAAGGAGAUCAGCAAGGGACAAACCAAGAAACUACGCAAACUCUAUGAGGCACAAGAAAAGCUACAUAAAGAUUAUAUUCAGAUGAGCCAGAAUGGCAACUGAGGAUUCUGGGAGAUUGAGUCUGCCCAGCCCAGCAAUCCGCCCAUCCUGUGUCCUGGUGUUUUUACAAAAUCGAGGCCAGCAAGGUGCCUGUAAUCUGUGUGUCCUUGGACCGAGACUGGGCUUUGUAUUUUCCACAUGGCUGGUACAUUACUGUCAAAUGAUUCCUUUUACUGUGGUGUUAUUAAUUGUGAUGAGAGGACCUCAAAGUGGGUUGACUGAUUAAAGGGCAACAUGACAGAAUAUAUUUCCUAUGAUAUGAGUGAUACUGAGGCCUGAAAGGAUUCUGUAAAUUUCAUAGUUUUCACAUUAAUGGGACAUUUUGGGAUUUUUCAAAUGUUUUUUGCCUGUUUUUAGAUCUUUUGGGUCAAAAUGUUUACUAGGGACAAUUAAUAAUCAAAAUCGGCCCAGAACUAAACUAAACAGGGAACCGCAAAACGGCUAUGCAAUGGAAUCAUAUGAGGUAAGACAGCACGUCAAAGUAAACAGCUUGCUUUCACCACUGACAGGCUUGUGUAUGUUAAUAUAAAGGUCUGGGAACAUGGAAAAAAUCCCCACAGAGAUACACCUGCAUGUAUUUACGGCAGUUACUAUAUAGAAACUGUAGAAAAUGACUUUGUACAGUCAGUGUUUUACCUCUCUUAUUCUGGUCUCUGACUUACCACCCCUAUUCAGUACCUCAAAAGAGCGUGCCUGUAGUCGAUUGUCCUACUGUGUGGUGCUGCACCUUAAAGGAUAAUCAACUACAGGCACUGAAUGGGGUACUACGUCAGAGACCACAAGAAGACAGAGGUAAAACACCGAUUACAGAAACAGUAAUUUACAGUUUCUUUACAGUUAUUGAGAUAAACAGAUGCAGGUGUAGAGGUCUGUAGACUCUCUCCAUGUUGUCAGAGCCUUAUAAUAACAUUUACAAGCCUGUCCGUGGUAAAGACAAGCGGUUUACUUUGACGCUGGAUUACCUAGUAGGAUUACAUUGUUUAGUCAUUUUGCAGUUGCAGGUUUUAGCAUUCUAUCUAAAUACUAGACUUAUUUUAAUUGCCAAUUGUCUAUAGUAAAACAAUUGAGCUAAAAAAGAGCUAAAAAUUGGGCCCAGCUUGAAAAAUCCUGAAGUUUCACUUUAAAGCUACAUUGUGAGCCAUGUGUGGCAGUCAUUACAGUCAGUUUGUGGUUCCAUUCAGUCUGUAGGUUUACCACAAUGGUGAGACAGAAAACCUAAGAAAUAUUUCCAAAAAAAUAAAUGUUUAUAAGGACAUGAAGUACAAUAAUAAAAUGCACUCUUCAAA